UGUCUUUUCUCUCCUCACGACGGAGAGGAGCAGCGGUCGCCAUGCAUCGUGCUUUCUGACUCCUGCGCGCAUCCAGCCGAGAGAGAGAGAUGAUCCAGUCCGAGCUGCACAAUCAUGUGCUUCCCUGCACCACAGAUCCCAGUCCGGCAGACCCAGCAGCUCCAGUAUCACCCAGCCUCCUGCACAGGAUCAGGAGAGUCUUCACCAGAGAGCUUCUCCUCACGCUGGCGCUCGGUCAGGUUCUGUCUCUGCUCAUCUGUGGCAUCGGCCUGACCAGCAAGUACCUGGCCAACGAUUACCGCGCCAACACGCCCGUGUUCCAGUGCUUUCUCAACUACAUCCUGCUCUUCCUGGUCUACACGACCACACUCGCAGUCAGGCAAGGAGAGGAGAAUUUACUGGCCAUCCUGAAGAGACGAUGGUGGAAGUACAUGAUCCUCGGACUGAUCGAUAUCGAAGCUAACUACCUGGUCAUCAAAGCGUACCAGUACACCACGCUAACCAGCGUACAGCUCCUGGACUGUUUCGUCAUCCCCGUGGUGCUCUUGCUGUCCUGGUUCUUCCUGCUGGUCAGGUAUAAGGUGUUGCACUUCGUGGGCGUGGGCGUCUGUCUGCUGGGCAUCGGCUGCAUGGUGGGGGCCGACGUGCUGGUGGGACGACAGCAAGGAUUGGGGGACCAUAAGCUGCUGGGGGACCUGCUGGUUUUGGGCGGGGCCACACUGUACGGCAUCUCUAAUGUGUGUGAGGAAUUUAUAGUGAAGAACCUGAGUCGGGUCGAGUUCCUGGGCAUGAUGGGACUCUUUGGUUCCUUCUUCAGCGGCAUCCAACUAGCCAUCAUGGAACACAAGGAGCUGCUGAGGGUGCAGUGGGACUGGCAGAUCGGUUUGCUGUACAUCGGCUUCAGCGCCUGUAUGUUCGGCCUGUACAGCUUCAUGCCGGUGGUCAUCAAGCGGACCAGCGCCACCACGGUCAACCUGUCGCUGCUCACGGCCGACCUGUACAGCUUAUUCUGCGGCCUCUUCCUCUUCCAAUACAAGUUCUCAGCGCUCUACCUGCUGUCCUUCUUCAUUAUUCUGCUCGGCCUGGUCAUCUACUCCUCCUCCUCCACCUACGUGGCUCAGGACCCUCGCGUUUACAAGCAGUUCCGUAACGCGGGGAACCCUACGCCGGACGUCGGGCCCCUGGAGCCUUCGGUUACCUACAGCAGUCUGGGACAGGAGGUAGAGGAGGAGCCUCGGAUCAGGGUGGCCUGA